AUGUCAGAGGUACAGCCAUCCACGGACGGACAGAAUAGUCCCACGAGUAAACCUGUUGGCCUUACGCAACAUGUGAAGAAGUAUAUCCCCGACAAGGGAGACCUGGCGAAAUUCUUCGCCUAUUUCCGCCUUUUGUUCUCGCUCGACUAUACCAUCACCGAUGUUCUCCUCAUUGUUUUCGGCGUCAUCUUCGCCAUUGCGGGUGGCGUCCCGUUUCCCCUGCUCGGAAUCGUCUUCGGUGACCUGAUUAACGAUCUCAAUACGGCGACCUGCUCGAGCACCGCAAGCGCCGAUGCCGAUCUCAGCGCGAGCGUCCGACAGAAAGUACUCUAUGUGAUCUACAUCACCAUCGCAAAUUUCUGCAGUAUCUACAUCCAUACCUCCUGUUGGUGCACGGUAAGUGAGCGGCUGGCCCGUCGCUACCGUCGACGCUAUUUUGAGAGUAUAAUCAAACAAGACGCAAACUUUAUCGAAUCUCUCCCGUCGGGCGACGUGAUCUCGCGACUGGUGAGCGACAUUGAGGUCGUGCAGUCCGGCACCUCGGAGAAGGUCGGUCUCGUAAUCACCACCAUCUCGUAUUUCGUGGCCUCCUACAUCGUCGCCUUCCUCAAGGUGCCCCGGAUUGCGGGAAUGCUGGUGUCUGUCGUACCUUGUUUCAUGGUCAUGUCCCUCCUGGGAGGUCACUACAUCAAGAAAUACGCUGGCCGCAUCGCCACGAAUGUCAACGCAGCUACCUCCAUUGCAUCGUCGAGUUUGUCCCACUUGACGCUGGUCCAUGCGUUCAAUGCGAACGACCGCUUGGAAGGCCGCUUUGCCACCUAUCUAUCUCAAUCGCACAAGGAUGCGCUCAAAAAAGCUUGUACACAUGCGGCACAGCUUGGCUUCUUGUACUUUGUGGCAUACUCGGCCAACGCGCUUGCGUUCUGGGAGGGUUCGCAGAUGAUCUCGCACUCGGUAGCCAACAAUGGCGAUGGCGUGUCAGUGGGUUCCGUCUAUACCGUGAUCUUCGUGCUCAUUGAUGCUUCCUUUAUUUUGAGUCAGGUGGCUCCUUUCAUCCAUGUUUUUGCCCAAGCGGCUGGCGCUUCCGAGCGUCUUCUUGCGGUCAUCAACCGCCCGUCCGAAAUCGAUGGAACUUCCGAUGAAGGCGAUAAGUCUGCCGCCUUCGGCGAGGAAGAGAUCGAGUUCCGCGACGUCCAUUUCUCCUACCCCUCUCGCCCGGACGUGCCGGUGUUGCAGGGCACGAGCUUCUCCAUUCCAGCUAAAAAGCAUACGGCCAUUGUCGGCCCCUCUGGUGGAGGGAAAUCUACGGUGGUCUCUCUCUUGGAGCGGUUCUACGACCCCAAUUCUGGAGAAGUCCUUAUUGGAGGGAGAAAUUUCCGUGAACUGAACGUUCGCUAUCUGCGCGGAAACAUCGGAUUCGUCCAGCAGGAACCGUCUUUGCUGGACCGAUCGAUCUUGGAGAACAUCGCCUACGGUCUGGUGUCUUCUGCUGCAGCGCACCAUCAACCUCUUGCCCCUUUCAUCUUGGAUUCGAGUCUGCCCGACCUGGCUGAGAAAAUUCGAAGCGGAGUCUCUGAGCGAGAAGCCCUUUCAGCCUACGACCGCCAGGUUUCGGAGAUUGUCGGCCUAGUGAGACAGGCAGCCGCUACGGCCAAUGCGCUGAACUUCAUCGAGGCCUUGCCCCAUGGAUUUGCGACCCACGUGGGUGCGGCUGGAAACCAACUGAGCGGAGGUCAGAAACAGCGUAUAGCCCUUGCCCGCGCCUUGGUGCGGGAGCCCCGUCUGCUUAUCCUAGAUGAGGCCACAGCUGCGUUGGAUUCCACCAGCGAGCAGUUGAUCCAGGCUGCGUUGUCCAAAGUCUCCGAACGUGUGACCACUGUGUCGAUUGCCCAUCGACUGGCCACGGCGAAAGAUGCCCAUAAGAUUGUCGUCGUCAAGGCGGGCCAGGUUGCCGAGGAAGGCUCCCACGCGGAUCUCGUCUCACAGGGUGGCGUUUAUGCAGAGAUGGUGCGACUCCAAAACCUGGGGAAGCUGAGCAUGGAAGAUCUGACCGCCUCGGAUGAUUCCAUCCGCGAGGUUUCCUCGGAAAGAAAGUUGGCCUCAGAGAGCACCAAGGUCGCCGACGAGAAGGAGGGUCUAGUGGGUGGCAGCGGAUCCGACGUGACGGAGGACACCGUUGUUGACAGUGAUGGACCGGAUGGAUCCAAGAAUGGCAAAGACAAGGGAAAGAAGGAGAAGAAGCCGAAGAAGCGUUCGGGGUGGUUUAGCACCAAGUAUACGUUUUCCCUUCUACGGCCCAAUCUCCCCUUGAUCUUAUUAGGCCUGGGUAUGUCCUGCAUUAUCGGUGGUAGCUACUCUGCCGAAGCCGUUGUCUUUGGUCACACGUUGUCGGCCAAUGUGGUUGGUGGCGCAGCCUUUGGCUGGGCUGCAGACAAGGUCCUGUACCGCAUCCGAGUCUUGUCUCUGCGAUCCCUACUGGGUCAGACGAUGCAGUGGCAUGGGAUGGAGGAUCGCACUCCGGGAACGCUAAUCACAUAUAUCACCGGAGAUGCCUCCGCACUGAGCGGAAUCACCGGGUCUACCAUCGGGCUGUUGCUGGCGACGGCCGUGAAUCUGGUGGCGGGCCUGGUGAUCUCGUUCGCAAUCGCCUGGAAGAUCACCAUCGUAUUGUUCCCAACCAUUCCUGUGUUGCUGGUCGCGGGCAUGAUGAAGUUACGCGUGCAAGCGAAGUUCGCGGAGCGCCACCAAAAAGCGUUCGCAAAGGCCACGGCCAUCACCGUCGAGGCGGUCGACAACCUACGCGCGGUGUCGGCCUUUUCUCUCGAGAAACAAUCAUACGAGGUGUUCGGCCGGGCUCUGAAGCACCCCUACCGCGAAACCAUGAAGGCCAUUGCCCACGGCAAUAUCUGGUUGGCGCUGGCCUUCAGCAUCAGCAACCUCGUAUACGCCCUGGCGUACUGGUGGGGAGAUGAACCCAGGGGACGUCGCGGGCAUUCCAGCCUGCUGAGGACACUCCUAGAGGAGAAGGCGGCGGCAUCGGACGUCGAGGCGCGCGAGAUGUCUCGUGCGCCGACGGCUGGGCCUGCGAUUGGCGCGCAGCUGCGAGGCGUGCAUUUCACAUACCCUAACCGGCCCGAGCGGCCGAUCCUGCAGGGCCUGGACAUUGACAUCAAGCCAGGGCAGUUCUGCGCGCUGGUCGGGCCCAGCGGGUCGGGCAAGUCGACGACCUUUGCGAUGCUGGAGCGGUUCUACCGGCCGACGGCAGGAUCGGUGGUGAUUGACGGGGUCGACAUCACACGGCAGCUGGGCACGGAGUUCCGUGAUGACAUCGCGCUAGUGCCGCAGGAGAAUGUCCUCUUCGAGGGCACAGUGGCCUUCAACAUUGGGUUGGGGGCGCGGCCGGGCCACGAGCCGACGCUGGCCGAGAUUGAGGAGGCAUGUCGCAUGGCCAACAUCCACGAGGUGAUCAUGGCGCUGCCGGAGGGGUACCAGACGCUGUGCAGCCACGACGGGAAGCAGUUCUCGGGCGGGCAGCGGCAGCGGCUGUCGAUUGCGCGGGCGCUGGUGCGCAAGCCGCGCAUGUUGCUGCUGGACGAGUCGACCAGCGCGCUGGAUGUGGAGUCGGAGAAGCGCAUCCAGGAAGCGUUGGCGACGCUGGCGGGCCGCACGACCAUCGUGGCGAUUGCGCAUCGGCUGAAUACCAUCCACCGCGCGGACCAGAUCUUUUUGAUCGAGGAGGGCCGGUGCGUGGAGCAGGGCACGCAUCAGGAGUUGAUCCAGCGCAGUGAGACGUAUCGAACCAGUGUCAUCCAUCAGUCGCUGGAGACGUAG